AUGGGCUCGAUAGAAAACACCAUCUUCCGCGACGCCGUCAUCGUCGGCGCCGGCUUCAGCGGCACCUAUGGCCUCCACAAACUGCGCAAAGCCGGCCUCACCGUCCAGGUCUUCGAAGCCGCCAGCGACCUCGGCGGCGUGUGGUACUGGAAUCGCUAUCCCGGCGCGCGCGUCGACUCGGAAUGGCCCUUCUACCAGCUCACCAUCCCCGAGGUCUAUCAGGACUUCUACUUCUCCGAGCGCUUCCCCGGCCACGCCGAGAUCCGCCGCUACUUCGCCCACGCCGACAAGAUGCUCGACCUGAAGAAGGACAUCGCCUUCAACGCCCGCGUCUCCUCGGCCACCUGGGACGACGCCGCCGCCCGCUGGACCGUCCGCACCGACGCCGGCCACGUCGCCGUCGCCAAGUACCUCUGUCUGUUCACGGGCCUGCUGCACCGCCCCUACACGCCCGACCUGCCGGGCCUCGCCGACUACCAGGGCGUCGUGCACCACUCCGCCGCGUGGCCCGCCGACCUCGACGUCUCCGGGAAGAAGGUCGCCGUCGUCGGCGCCGGCGCCACCAGCGUGCAGAUCGUCCAGGACCUGGCCAAGCACGCCGCCCACCUGGCCAUGUUCAUGCGCCGCCCCAGCUACUGCCUGCCCAUGCGGAACCGCCCGCUCUCCGCGGCCGAGCAGGACGCCCUGCGCCCCUACUACCCGACCCUCUUCGCCGCCAGCCGCGCCAGCACCUCCGGCUUCCCGGUCCGCCCCCUGGCCGACCUGUCCGCCGAGCAGCGCGACGCCGCCUGGGACCGCCUCUGGCGCGCCGGCGGCUUCCACUUCGCCGGCGGCCAGGCGCCCGACGUCUACGUCGACCGCGCCGCCAACCGCGCCGCCUACGACUUCUGGGCCCGCAAGGUCCGCGCCCGCAUCGCCGACCCCGUCAAGCGCGACCUGCUCGCCCCGCCCACCCCGCCCUACCCCAUGUUCACCAAGCGCUACCCCCUCGAGCAAGACUACUACGAGAGCCUGGACCGCCCCAACGCCGAGGUCGUCAGCCUCGCGCACACGCCGUUCGAGCGCUUCACCGCGCAUGGCGUCGUUACCGCCGACGGCACGUUCCGCGAGUUCGACUAUGUGGUGAUGGCCACGGGGUUUGAGAGUUUUACCGGGUCGAUCGCCCUGAUGGACAUCAUCGGCCAGGACGGCGCCAACCUGAAGCACGUCUGGAAGAACGGCGUGCGCACGUACCUCGGCAUGGUGGUGCGCGGCUUUCCCAACUGCUUCCAGGCGUACACCCCGCAGGGUACGGCCCCACCCCCACCGAACGGUGCCAUGACAUGGGCAGCCCCCACCGCGCUGUCCAACGGCCCGACCAUCAUCGAAUGCCAGGUCGACUGGAUCCUCGAGGCGAUCCUCAAGAUGGAGGUGCAGGGCGUCGCCGCGCUGCAGCCGACUACCGCCGCCGAGGACCGCUGGAUCGCCAUGAUCAACGAGGUCGCCGGCCAGACGUUCUACGCCGAGACGGACUCGUGGUGGACGGGCGCCAAUGUGCCGGGCAAGAAGCGCGAGAUGCUGACGUAUCUGGCGGGUAUUGCGCAGUACGAGAAGGAGUGUCGCGAGGCGUUGGAUGGGUGGGAGGGGUUGGAGGUUAGGAAGACGGUGCCUUGUAGUUAG